AUGCUUCGUUUGCCUUUGGUUUCUCUUAUCUUCCUUGUCUGCGCUGUCAAUGCGAACCUUCUUGAUUCAAUUAUCGGAUCCGAAAAAGAAGUUGUGGUAGUUACUGGCGAAGAGAAAGAAAAGGUCCAACUCGCUUCUGACGAGCCAUCAGAUGAAACUGCCUUAGCUGUCAUUGACAAUGACACCCCCAUUGCUGCAAUGGAUGAUCUUGGAGCCGAAGGACAAUCUAAUGGAGUUGUGAUCCGUGCUAAACGGUAUUAUGGAUGCGGUUGUGGAUGUUGUGGCUGCGCUACAGUAGACCCUGCUGCAACACCGGCCCCAUGUGGAUGUGGAUGCUGCGGAUGCGGCUAA